CAGUCUCAGUUUAAACUGCAUGUGGGAGAUGUUAUAUUUUAGGGUAUGUGAAUGUGUGCGUGCGUGUGUAAUAUUAGAAAAAAACUCCAGACUUCCAGAAGCCUUAUGAGCUCAGCCCGCCCGCUGUACCUCCAUCAACAGUUUGGAGGAGCUUUCUCCAUGACCUCGCAUGGACGCAGUUCGGCCCCCGGUUCCCCCCCUAGGACCUAUACUCUUCACUGUAGCAUGAAAUGCCUUUAUUUAAUUGGGAAGUUUUGAGGAUUUGAUGGAGCGACGGCGUGUUUAGUGUAGCUCAGUGAAGCUUUUUCGGAGAGCGAGCAGACGGAGAGGCGCAGCUGACGUUUGGGGGGGAUCAUGGCGGCGGAGGUGAGUCUGAGCAGCGGCAGUAGUGACACAUCGAGUACGGGCGAAGAGGAGCGGGUCAAGCGCCUCUUCCAGACCUGCGACGGGGACGGAGAUGGCUACAUCAGCAGGAACGAUCUUCUGAUGGUCUGUCGCCAGCUGAACAUGGAAGGCUCUGUGGCUGAGAUCAUGGACCAGCUGGGGGCGGAUGAAGAGGGCAGAAUCUCCUUUGAGGACUUCAUGUGCUGCCGCAUGAGACUGGUCAAUGAAAUCCGAAAGGAAGAGGGCGAGCUGUCACUGCGGUCACGAGAUCUUGACGGGAAGGAGUUCCUGGAACCUGUGUCCUUCUGGCCAUCAAGCACGGAAAACAUCCUGGUGGCUCUGUCCAGGACCAGGGACGGCUGGGACUGUGACACCGGAGCGCGGGACCUGCAGAGCUCUGCCCCCCAACAGCUGUCCUUUCAGCAGCUCGGCGUCUCGCAGAAGCUGCUGGAGCAGAGGGGGGCCGCUCUAGAGCAACAGGCUGCCCUUCACAAGCUCCUGAUGCAGUCCCCCUCCCGCGCCCCCCCCCUGGGAGCAAACUACCUGGAACUGGCCAACAUGCUCCACCGGGCAGCCCUGGCCUCGCUGAAAGGUGAUGUGGUGGAUUUGAACAAGCGUCUCCUGCAAAGUGAGAGAGAGCGCGAGGCAUUAGAAAAGACCCUGGCAAAAUCACAGUGUGAGCAGUCCCACCUGAUGCGAGAGCAUGAGGAAGCACAGGAGCGAAAUAUGCUGCGCUAUGAAGAGCGAAUCACGGAGCUGCACAGCAUCAUCGCCGAGCUCAACAAAAAGAUCGACCAGCUGCAGGGUACAACCAUCAGGGAGGAAGAUGAGUUCUCUGAGCUUCGCUCUGAGCUGAGCCACAGCCAGCCGGAAGUAAAUGAGGAUGGACACAGUGUGGACCUGGACCAGGACCAGAGCUCUGUCUCUGUGCCUGAGAACCAGUCUACCUUAGUCACUGCAGAUAUGGAUACCUGCAGUGACCUGAACUCGGAGCUGCAGAGGGUCCUCACAGGCCUGGAGCGUGUCGUGUGUCGCAAGAAAAGCACAUGCAACCUCUCUGUGGCCGAGGUGGAUCGUCACAUAGAGCAGCUGACGACAGCCAGCGAACACUGUGACCUAGUCAUUAAGACUGUGGAGGAGAUCGAGGGAGCCCUAGGAGGAGACCUUUACCCCAGCCUGGCGGAGGAGCGCCUUCACUGGGAGAGGGAGUUGAAGACCCUGAGGGACGAGAAGGAGAGCCUGACCACCGUGCUGUGCAGCAAGGAAGACGACCUGAACCGCACCAAGGCGACCGUCAGUGCCGUUCGCGAGGAGCGAGACCGUUUAAGGAGACGGGUUCGGGAGCUGCAGACCCGUCUACAGAGUGUCCAGCUGACAGGUUCCUCCAGUCCCGGGAGGCUUACCCAGACCAGUCGGCCCAUUAACCCCAGUACGGGUGAGCUCAGCACCAGCAGCAGCAGCAAUGAUAUCCCUGUGGCCAAGGUAGCAGAACGGGUCAAAUUGUCCAAAACCAGGUCCGAGUCGUUAUCCAUAGAGAGGCCUGUUCUGGGCUCAGAGAUCAGCAGCAUUGGGGUGUCCAGCAACAUCGCAGAGCACUUGGCUCACUCGUUACAAGACUGUUCGAAUAUCCAGGAGAUCUUCCAGACCCUUUAUUCUCACGGCUCUGCCAUCUCUGAGAGCAAGAUCCGCGAGUUUGAGGUGGAGACCGAGCGGCUGAAUAGUCGAAUUGAGCAUUUAAAAUCCCAGAAUGACUUGCUGACAAUCACGCUGGAGGAGUGUAAGAGCAAUGCUGAGCGGAUGAGCAUGCUGGUGGGGAAGUAUGAGUCCAAUGCAACAGCCCUGAGGCUGGCUUUGCAGUACAGUGAGCAGUGUAUAGAGGCCUAUGAGCUGCUGCUUACCCUGGCAGAGAGCGAGCAGAGUGUGGUCCUUGGCCAGUUCAGAGCCGCUGGUGUAAGCACUGCUGUAGACCCGUCCAGCGAGGAGAGCAUCACCCAGAUUUUGAAACGGGCUCAUGACAGCCGGCGGACAGCAGAGAACGCUGCCAAAGAUCUGCUGGCCAGGCUGGAUGGGAGCUGUUUGGGGACCUUCGCUGUGUCCGGCUGCAGCAUGCAGCCUUGGGAGAGCCUGUCCUCCAACAGCCACACCAGCACAACAAGUUCAACGGCCAGCAGCUGUGAUACAGACUUUAGCAAGGAAGAUGAGCAGCGCCUGAAAGAUUAUGUCCAGCAGUUGAAGAAUGACCGGGCAGCAGUGAAGCUGACCAUGCUGGAGCUGGAGAGUGUUCACAUCGACCCCCUAAGCCACGACAUCAAGCCCCGCGGAGACUCACAGAGGCUGGACUUGGAGAAUGCUGUGCUAAUGCAAGAGCUUAUGGCCAUGAAGGAGGAGAUGGCAGAGCUGAAGGCCCAGCUGUAUCUGCUGGAAAAAGAGAAGAAAGCCUUGGAACUGAAGCUGAGCACCAGGGAGGCCCAGGAGCAGGCUUACCUGGUGCACAUCGAGCAUCUGAAAUCUGAGGUGGAGGAGCAUCAGGAGCAGAGGAAGAGGUCCCUCGGCUCCACAGGCAGCAGCUCUGCGGGAAAGGACUGUGCAGAAGGCAGCUCUCCCGCUGUGAGUCCGACUGAUCUAAGGACUCUUACUGAUGGCGAACUGGCUGCUGAACUCACCAGCACACUCCGACGGGAGAAGAAGUUGAAGAGUCGAGUGCAAGAGCUGGUGGCAGCUUUGGAAAGACUUACUAAAAGCAGUGAGAUCCGACACCAGCAGUCUGCUGAGUUUGUUAAUGACCUGAAGAGAGCCAACAGCAACUUGGUAUCAGCUUAUGAAAAAGCCAAGAAGAAACAUCAAAACAAGUUGAAGAAGCUGGAGUCUCAGAUGAUGGCCAUGGUGGAGCGUCACGAGACACAGGUGCGCAUGCUGAAGCAGCGCAUCGCCUUGCUGGAGGAGGAGAACUCGCGCCCCCACACCAACGAGACGUCACUCUGAUGGGGGGGGGGGGGAUCUCAGCCCCUGUGCUGGUCGGCCAUCAGACUAUGGCCCUCAGUGUCGGUGCUGGGGGUCCGAGGUGGAAUGCACUCCCUGUCUCCUGCAAAAUGCUCUCAGUGUCACGGAACACACAGACAGAAUGGAGACGCACGUACAAUGGACACCAAAACACAUGUUAUGACCAAAUAAAGGCAUAUAUGACCAAAAAAGGCAUGCAUGUGGACACCUUCCAACCGAAUACACACAUGCAAAAUCCAUAUGCACUAGAAGGAGCUAGGAUGUCACACGUUUGAGAUAUUCUUAUCCACAUACCCAAAGUAAAAAAUACAGUAUUGGAAUCCAUACUGUGAAUUUCACAGCAAUAGCAAAAGCAAAUCCACUGUGGCUGUAGUAAUGACUGGACAUUACCUAAGGAAGAUAAACAUUCUUGUCUAUUUAUGUAAGAGGCGGUGCCUAAAAUCACCUUUUACUCUUUUUAUAUACAUGUGCAUUAAAAUUUUAUAUGAUCGUAUAAAUAAAAGCAAUACAAUGCUAUGUUUUAUGGUGAACACUGCAAUGCAGAGCAAUAUCAUUUAAUACUGGUUCAGCAUUAUUUUCACCAAGUUUAUUUUUUGUGACUAUCAACUGAAAUGAAUCCUGAAUUAAAAGAACAAUGACCUUGUGACCUACAUGAUGUUAAAAUAUCUAUUCAAAAUUUACAUUGAAUAUCCAUCCAUCCAUCCAUCCACACAUCUUCAAACAUCUCUUCCUGGUGACAGUCAUAAUGACAGCACAUGUCGCAAAUCAUUCCAGACCUUUCCUUUGAAGCCCACAGGUUCUUCAUUCUUUGAAGUUCCAAGCCAUCUGGGAGAUAUUUCCCCUGCAGUGGGUUCUGGGUCUGCUCCAAGGCCCGCACUCCCUGGGACGUGUCCUCUAACAGGUGGCAUCCUUGUGAGAUGCCUGGACCUCCUCAGCUGAAUCAUCUGGAUCAAAAACAGCAGCAUGUCUCCUUCCUACCAUGUCUCUGAACUUCUCGCCAUGACUGAGAGUGAACUCUCAAUGUUGUGGAAACCUUGUUUCUGUUUUGCUCCUUCAGUAAUUAACUAGUAACUCCCCAGAACACCCUGUGCCCUUCCUGAUGCCACUGCCUCCGCUCCCCACCGUGGAUCACUAAUGUCCCUGCAGCAGUGCAGCUACUGAGACCAUCUGUCUGUCAGACAUGUUCUCUUUCACUCUCCCUCAUGAGCAAGAUCUCAGAUUCUCUCCAUUUUCCAAGAGACUCCAACGUUCCCAUAUGCAACACAAUGGUAAAUGACUCUGUACCAAGUGUGUGGAAACAAUUUUACUAUAUACAUAUGGGAACUGAAUGGCGCACAGUAGCAGGGAGAGAGAACAGUACAGUAGAUCUCCUCUUCACAGCCAGAGCAGAAUCAACAUUGUUUUGAAUUCUCUUAAAAAAAAAAAAACCUCUUGAAAAUUAUUUCUUCUUCGUUUGUAUAUAACUUUUCUCUGAAGGAAUUUAUAAUCUUAUAUUUGUAUAUAUUUUGAAUAGUCUUAUUUUGACAUAUUAAAUUGUAUAAAUGUGAAAUGCUGCAAUUCAGAAAACCUGUAAAUAAAUCCAGUUUAAAGAUUGUUGGGAAGAUGCCUUAAGUCCCAUUUAUGUGCUUUUACUUACAUUUUUGAAAUUCAGAUUGUUUUUCCUCACCAAAGUAAAGAGACGAGGAAUUUUGAGAGAUUAUUAUGUUUAUCAUCCAAAACUGUAUUUUAUUUGACAAAAGGGGCACAAGACUGUUACUUGGCCUUAAGACAUGUGAAGUGAAAUUUGUCAUCCCAUCCAUAUGCAAGUUCAGCAUAUAGUGCAACGAAACAAUGUUCCCUGAUGCACCGUAUACAGUAUAGACUACAGGGCAGUUAAAUGCAACAAAGUCAAGAUCUUGGAACCAAGAAAAAAAACACUCCACCCUUGUGUGUUGAUUCAUCUGGUUAUUUUAGGGUUCGUUUGCAAGCUUGCAUUCUACGUCAUGAUGUGACAGAACUGAAAUCCAACUCUGUAUGCAAUAUGGAAAGCAAUUGAAUUUUUUCCUGGCAAUCCAGGUAACACUUCUCUUGCCCAUUGUAAGAUAUAUGUAGUUUGUUGCACCUGCGUUUACUGUAUAGUAAUUUCAAUUUUGAAUACAUAACCAUAUAUCCAUGUUCUGCUGUACUUAAUUAAAUUUCUGUUAUAUGAUAGAUAUCCUGUGGAUCAUCUUUAGUUUUUCAGUUUAUGGAAAGUCUUGUUCUGUAACUGCUUUCCAACCUUUUUUUCUAAUUAUUGCAUCCAAAUAUUGCUAAGUGCUGCAUUAGUAGUUUGAUAAUUUUACUUCUUAUACACAUGUGAAAAGUGAACUGUUGUAUUAAAUACAACAAAAACAAUGUUCAGAAUUUUUUCCCUAUUUUGUGAAGUUUUAAACAAUAACAGGGAAUAUUGCUUGAGGCUAUGCAAUUAAGACCAUGCAUUUAAAAGAAAAUGUACAGUAUCAGCUGUUUGAAAGGUAGAGAGCACUUUUAAAUACAACUGCAUGUAGUUGUAAACAUAUACUGUGUAAACAUUUCAGGAUUUGUGUUUUUCAUUACUAUACACAGUCUCUUAAUCUGUAGUUUUAUCAAAAUCAGAAUUUUGUUUGAGCCAAAAAAAUGUAUGUUUAGGAAUGUGUAUUGUCUGUUUACCUUAACACAAUAUGACAGCCUAUUAAUGCUUUCAUUUCACCAGAUUAAUCCUUGUAAUUUUAAUUAUGUUCUUGGUUUUGCCUUUGGCAGUGGAUCUGUAUCAACAAUCCUUCAGAUAUGUGUUGUUUGGAAGGGCUGCUUUUGUGUUUCUUACCUUAUUUGCACAUAUAUUUAUUGAUUGACAAUCUAAAAAACCAAAUAGAAAUGGUAAUGCAUUAGAUUAACUGCACCUUCAUAAUGCAUUCAUUAUACAUUCAUAGAACAUUCAGUGCAUCUUCAUAGUCCAUUCAUAGAGCAUUCGUAAGCAUCACGUAAGUUUACCUUAACAUCCUAACGUACAGCUUUAAUAUACUUUAAUAACAAACAUUAUAUGAUUAUACAGUGAUCACGUUUGUUGUUAAUGUGUUAAAGCUGUUAAGGUAUGUUAGGGUGCUGCUUAUAAAUGUUCUAUGAAUGUAUUAUGAAGGUGCGAUUAAUUUAAAGCAUUACCAGUUUAUAGCAUAUGUAAAUAAAACAACUGAAAUUACCUGUUUCUUGAAAUUUGACAAUUGCAUAUGCUGUACAAAGUUUGUGUGUGUUGAAGUGUAUUGUGGUUUAUAAAAUAAAUGGAAGAUUAGGCCUUACUAGAGGCAGUCCCCAGGUUAUGAACAAGAUACCUUCCUUAAGUUUGUCUUAAACUCGAAUUUGUAGGUAAAUCAGAGAAUAAUACUACAUUACAUGAUAAUUAUAAUAACAAUAACAAUAAUAAUGUUACAACUUGCUGUCACCUGUAUAUGUCUGUGUGUCUAAUGGAAAGCAAGAGAAGCAAAGAAAGAUUUUUCCCACUGGAAUUAAUAAAGUAUCACUAAUAAGAGUAA